GUGUGAUUGAGAAUCAUACUGGUAAGCGAGUGUGAUGAAUACAAGACCUAAAAAUAUGGCAUCGUCGUUUCGUAUGACUUUGCUAUUCGCUAUUCUAUUUGGAAAUGUGAAAUAUGAAGCGGCGCUGGAGACCAUUGAUAUCGACACCAGCCUGACGUUGGACAACAGUCCUUACACGUUUUCGACCAACCUGAACAUAACUGAGAAAGGAAAGCUGACUGUCCAACCUGGUGUCAUAGUGCAGUUUGAUCCAGGAGCCUCAGUUCAAGUCCAUGGGGUAUUACAGGUGGUUGGACAGCGUGGCCAAGAGAUAAAUUUAUCGUGGUUAUCGGGAGAUGAUUCAUGCCGAAUACAUUUACAUCGAGGGAGCAUAAUCUCGGCAAACUAUGUAAAUAUACACGGAUGUCAACUUAGUAUGGAUGAAUACGCGGCGCCAUUAGUUUUACAACACGUGACUGUCAUGGAAUCCCCAGGAAAUGGACUACAAAUAAAACGAAUGAGCAAUCCAGUAACAAUCUCUGAUUCAUCAUUCACCAACAACACCCUCAGUGGCAUUCGAGUGGAGACUUACGUUGGUCAGGUGAACAUAGAGCGCGUCGAGGCAUCUGGUAACGGUGAAACGGGCAUCACAUACAUACGAUUACUCCCGCCUCCUCCUCUGAGAAAGACGAUGCUUUGUACACCUGGGGUGAAGAUGACUCAGUUAUCUCCAGGAGAAGCUAUCGAAGUGACUGUAGACUCCACACAUAAAGACGCGAGAAGUGGGUGUUCUCAAAGUUUCAAAACUGUCGAAGGUUGGAACGUACUUGCCUCAUUCAGAAGCAUUGAUGCUACAAGGUUUAGUUCUAAUACUGGAUAUAAUAGAUUAGACAUUAGGGAUGGGAACGGGACCAGAGGAAGGCUCAUAAGACAAAUACACCUGGUAAGAAGUCGAAAAGCGUAUACACCUGACAUGUCAAGCACUGGUGGAGAAUUGUGGUUCCGAUUGAAUUCACAGUCUUACUAUUAUCGAGUCCGAGCAACAAUCUUGAUUCGAUCAAUUAGAAGUGGAGGUGAUGGGAUGAAAGAAGAUAUCAAAAUAAAGUCAUCCAAUUUUACGAAAAAUGGUCAUGGUGGAUUUUUCAUUGUUGAAGCAAGAAAACAUAUUGCCAUUGAGAAAGUGGAACUUUUUGGAAAUUGCUACAGACAACAUGUAAACAGAAUUACCCAAAAUUGUACGGCUAUCAUAGGUGGCGCCUCUACCAUAUCUGUGGUGCAGUCUACCUUUGACAAUGACUAUUUCAAGAUAACUCCAGAUGGUCGAGAUGUAAACAUUGAAAAUUGUGUUUUUAUAAACAAUGUGUAUGGUUUGUAUUUUGGACUUGAUGAAUCGAUCGGAGCAUCUUGUAUAGCAGGACGACGCAUCUUUUUCAACUUAACAGAGAACCUGUUUGAACGAAACGAAAAUGGAAUUAUAAAAAACCCUAGGUAUCGAUCAGUUUAUAUUUGGACUGAAUCACUAAAAAUGAAAAACAAUAGAUUCAUCAGUAAUUCCGAAACAGCUGUGAUGGUCUCAGAAUCUUAUUGUUCUUCAUGUACAGCUACAAUUGAAAGAAACGUAUUUCAGAAUAACCAAAACACACUUUUACUGGAUGGGUACCCAUACAAAUAUACAUAUAUUACAAACAAUCAAUUUACUGAGAAUCAUGGAAAUUACGUUUUGAACUUAAAAGACUCGUCUCAACGAUUGAAAAUAUUCAACAACAGUUUUACCAACAAUAUCAUUCGCUCUAUUACACGGACACGAUACGGAGAUUCAGCAGUAAUUUUGCAAGAAUGUGAGUACUCAACACUACAAUACAAUUCCUUCCACAACCCCGAGAGUGACUUACAAGUUGUGGUUUUUCCUACUCGAUAUUCCUCCUGGUCAAUCUCCAUGGAUGCCACAUAUAACUAUUGGGGCAGUAGUGAUUUAAAGUCUAUUCAAAAUGGCAUUAUGGAUCAACAAAGACGUUACGAUUUGCGUCUUACCUUGCAAAUACUACCCUACUAUAUUGACCGUACAAUGACAACGACGGGAAACGAAACUGUAUCACUCUACUCACGAACAGAAGGCAGCGUAAUUGGUGGAGCUGUAACAGAACACAUGGUUUUGUAUAACAGGGAAUACCGAAUCACAGAUGACAUUCAUGUUUACCCAAAUGUUACACUAGUGAUCACUGCUGGAGCGAGACUGAUGUUUGAUGAUUAUAUUGGUAUGAUCGUUCAAGGGCAGUUGAUAGCUGAGGGUACAGUAAAAGAUCAGAUUGUCAUGAAUGCCAGUGUAGGUUGGAUGGGAAUACGGUUUUCUCUUUCCGCACAACGGGGCAUCCUUCGCCAUAUUAUAUUCGAUGGAUGCGGAAAACGAGACGUUAGCCCACUAGUGAAUUGUAUUGUAAGCGAUGUCGGUAAACAUGAAAUGGACCACUUGUUAUUCGAAAACUGUCAUUCCAGCUAUUCUGUUGACUUGUAUCAUUCUGAUCCCGUGUAUACUCCAAAUAUUCAUAACAUUCGGUCAAAUCGAGGCAUUUUUAUCCGUAGUCUUGACACCAAAAUAUCAGAUUCGAUUUUUGAUGGUGGUGAGAAGGCAAUUGGAAUACAACCAGAGACAGGAUAUAGUGCACAAACGCAAGCUUACUUUCUUCAGCAGAAUUCGCUACAGGUAUGCUUCCAAAGCAAGGACAGAGACAUAUUUCUGUCCACAUUUGAGACUCUUGUCUUUGAUACACGUAAAUAUCGAUGCUCUGGAAAAAAUGUUACGUUCACCACGGGACCAAACAAUAGAAUAUCAUUUCAACUUGUUUAUGUUUCUUCGUUUUACAUUUCGGAUGUCAUUAGAGUUCGUGAAAAUGGUUCAACAACGGAGAUAUCAAGGCGUAAUUUGAAAACCUGGGUCAUUUCUAGUGCCAAUGAAAUAGUAUUUGAUUUUGGAGGAUGUGUUUCAUGCCAGUUUAGUGCUAUAAUUUCAAGUGUGGAGGAAGAAAGUGUCCCGAUAAUGAAGCAGUUACCAGACAUUGAAAUUCGAAACAUAAGUGCAACUUCAGAUCAUAACUAUGGAAUAUACAUCUAUGAUAAUAUGUAUAAUUCUCAAUUCAAGCCAUGGAAUUAUUUAGGACGGCAAGUCACGGAAUUCAGGGUCCCAUUUUAUGUCAAAAUUGUCAACUCGUUUUUGCGAGGUACAUAUGGUUUUCAUAUGAAAAUAUAUGGGCGAGACAGUAGCAGCGAUGGACCGUUUCAUGAUGUCAACAUACAUAUUGAAAAUGUGAUAAUAGAUAGCUAUUAUGCUGGGAUUGAUUUCUACAAAUAUGGCGGCAGAUACCAGGGUGAUAUGAUGGUGAUUGUUAAAAAUGUAGAAGUGAUCAAGGGACAGUAUGGGAUGCAUUUUUAUCAAGCUAUUUACUCCUCCGAAGAUGUUCGUAAUCCUAAAGUUUAUAUCCAGAACAGUUCAUUUUCUCAUUGUUCCAGCGAUGCUUUGGUAUUGGAUGGUGAUCGAGCGUCGUUUGAAAUAAAUCAAAAUAAAUUCCAUGAUAACAAUAACAUAUUUGAUAUCACCGGUCGAGAAAAGAACCUUACUGUAGCUGAUAAUUUGAUAUAUGGCAAUCGUGGAAGAAUCAACUUAGCGAUGUUAGAGCAUGCUUACAUGGACAUUCCGAAUAAGCCGACAACGAGGUUUUACAGAAACAUUCUUGAGAACAAUACCAUAAACAACUGCUUUAUAGAUAUAUACGGCGUACAGAAUAUACAGUUUCAAAACAAUAGUCUGAAUAAUCCAUCUGCAGGCCAAGAAGUUUGCAUAAAAUCCUACUCCAAUGGUGACAAAAACCGCCUUGACUUUAUGAAAAACUACUGGGGAACUACAGAGUUGUCUGAAAUAGAAAAAAGGAUAACGCAUUUCGCAGAUUCUAGCCGAUAUGCAUUGGUCAAUUUCGUGCCUUAUCUAGACAAGCCCAAUGGUAUACCAAUGUCGCAAGUUCAAUGCCCAUUCUCAUUCACAACAUCCAGUAUUGGAGGAAUCCUUUGUUCUGACACUACAUUACUUCCAAACGAGACUUACAUCACUAACGGGGAUAUAAUAGUUCCAAAAGAUAUGGUUUUGAAAGUAGGUCCCGGUACAACUAUACAGUUUAGUGAAGGCAGCAGGAUGCUCAUACUCGGAACUCUACUUGCGGAAGGCACUUUAUCAGAACCAGUCAUUCUGACAUCUUUGAAUAACUGGAACGGAGUUUAUUUUUCUGUGAACGAGGGCCAAACACAAUCGAUCAUGUCCUACGUAAAAAUUGAUUAUAGGCGCGGAUAUUGGUAUGAUGACAGAGAGCCACUUGUGACAAUAGUUGGCAAACCACCACUAAUGUCUUUUAUCAAUCUGACUUGUUCUCACGGUUACUACCCAAGCGAUGGGGUGGUUGGGUUAAAUGUCUUGGAUGGGAUGCGGAUAGCUGACACUUUAAUACAGAAUUGUGAUGGAUCAGCCAUACGAUUAUCUCAUCUUGGAUCCUCUAUGAGAUAUAGCAUAGAACGAUAUCACGAUAUCAAGGAUGAAACCUAUGGUAUUCCAAAUAUGUGUGACUACAAGGUAAAAGGUUUCGAAGUUAAUGGAGCAAUGAUUGCUAUCUUUGCCUAUGGUGAUAGGAAUAAAUAUCCGGAAGAAAUGAUUUGUGCCAAAACAUUUUUCUCUACUAAUAGGAAGAUUCUGCAUUUUCGAACCAUAUACCAUUCAAAAUUUCGAUCAUUUAAGUUGGAAGCCUACAAUGGUAGAAACAUGACUUAUAGCGAGAGGUUUCUGUAUGAAACAUUUCCUUCUUCUAAUAUGCACAAAACAAACCAAGAUACCUUUACCAUCCGACUGACGAUGAGACGAUAUCGCAAUUCCAUAUACGCUGUAGAGGUUUAUGAGGAAAACUAUAAGUUACAAGAAUCCCCCAAAAGAACAUUUACAGUAGAAAACGGUGUUAUGAAAAAUAAUGGAAACGGUGUAAAGGCAGUUUUUACAGGUUCCUCAACUCCAGAUAUCAAUAUAACAACAUCGAGAUUUAUGAACAACCUAAAAAGCAUCAAUAUAACUUCUGAAAAUAGCUCAAUUACAAUAUCUCAUAACCAGUUCAAGGAAAAUAAACGUGUAGCUAGGAUUCUCACUGAAUCGGACAAUGGUCAGACAAAAAUUAUUUUCGCUUAUAAUAACGUGACAAAAAAUACUGGACAGACUUUGAUUCAUAUCAAAGAUAAAUCGGACGCGUUCAUGGACAGAGGAAACCUGUGUAUUAUGGACAAUGAUAUAUCAAACAAUUUCAAUGAAACAAACUCUACGGACACCACCACACCGAUGAUCUGGAUUGAUGACAUAGAUGGCGUAAUACAAGGAAACAAGUUUGCCAACAACAGAGGAAGUAAACUAAUUUGGUGGAAACAAAGACAAGAACCGUCUAAGUUUUUGAAAAAUCUUGUACGGCACAACUCUGGUGAACACCCUCAUGAUAAAAUUACAAUUGUAGCAGAAGGAAAAGAUACAAGUUACACAUACAACUGGUUGGAAAAUCCCGCAAAUACAUUUGAGAUGACCUCAGUCGUUGGAUACCCAACGGUGCAAGCAACAAUGAACUGGUGGGGAAAGGGGGUCUCCUUCAAAGAUGUCAGUUAUACUAGACUACGCAGUACUAAUAUUGACCCAUUUCUUCCUGGUAUUAGUUUUGAGCCAAUUGCAACGUCUCCAAAGCAAAUAUUAGGAAAUUGUGAUUUCGGUUGGCAGUAUUCUAAAGGAACAUGUUACUAUCUGACAAGAGGGACAGACUCAUUCAGUGAAUCUCUAACAAUAUGCAAGGAAAGAGGUGCUGUAAUGGUAAAACCAUUGAAAAAUCUCUUGGAUGAUGUUUUCGAAAGACUAAAUGAAAAGGGCAUGGAAUCGCCUCUUAUUUGGACACGGCAAGCGUCUCAAGAGGAAUGUGGAGUGUAUGACUUCAAUUCGAAAGAGACUAAAACCAAAGACUGUACCAGCUACUUUUCGACAAUAUGCUACAAAGAACAAGAAAGCCAGUGUCCCAACAGUUGCACUUACAAUGGAAAAUGUUUUGGAAAAACAUGCACUUGUGACAUGGGCUGGGAAAGAGAUGACUGCUCUGUAUAUCAUUGUAGAGAUGUUAACAAUUGUGGUCGCUUUGGUAGCUGUGUCGGUCCAAACCAGUGUCGUUGUCAGCAGGGAUGGAAUGGUGUAGGUUGUUCUAUAAGUUACUGCCCCCGAUUCACCGGAUGUCUAGCGUGUACCAAACAGAUCGGUUGUGGAUGGUGUGAUAAAACCCAACAAUGUAUGCCUGGUCGAGGUGAUUCUCCAACGCUAACUACAUGUCCUGCUUGGUUUUAUUACAAUUGUCUUACUACAAAAGCAGAUUCAAAAUGUUCUAAUGAAAUACAGGCUAUGGAUUGUUCAGGAAAGCAAUGCAAUCGAAAGAGGAAUCCUCACUUUACACAAGAGAAAUGUACACGUUGUGUUGACAUCGAAAAAUGUUUCAUUGAUGCUGACCCGUCAAUUGAUUGCAAAGUAUGGAACUCAACAAAAUGCCCAAAUGGACUCAUCAAUAUUGACUACACAAAGCCCAGAUUCGAUAAAACCGUUAUGAAGAAUGGUGUGCUGUUUCUUGAUCCGAACUUUACCCCAGUGCUGAGGUGUCCAACAAAAACUGUAGAUAUUCUUGUUGUUCUUAAUGAGAUACCACUCCCUCGCUACAAAAUCACGACUGUCGUGUCCCCACAAUCAGGAGGGAUUGCGCAUAAGAUAUUAUCACACAGAUUUUCCGAGCUUUCCUCGGGGAAAGUCACAAUUAUGUCCGGUAUUCCUGCAUCUUUAAAUGAUUUAAUUACUUACUCUGACUUCAAUGAAGCAGUUGAAAUCCGCCCCAUAGAUGACAUACUUAUUGCUGAACAUGAAACUGAUGAAGACUUGCUUGAUCAACUUGAAAAUAUGAGAAAUGAAGGAAGUAGAGUACAUCUAAUAAAUGACACAAUGUUUCGCUGUCUUGGAGAACAUGUGGAUGAUGCAGCGUCCUUUGUUAUUGCAAUACCAAAAGAUCUGAGCAACGCAAUGUAUGCAGUGGGCGAUAUUCUAGUUGGGACUCCAUUGGGGUACAUCGAGAAAGUGACAUCUAUCGACCAAGAUUCAAAAGUGCGAAUUGCUAAGACAGAAUUGACGAAAUGUACAACACAACUAUAUAUUAAUGCUGAUAUCAUAACUCACAAUGAAUAUAAACCAAAACUGAAUUGUUUUUCUGGAGAGAACAAUCUGAAGGGUGGAGCAUUAAUGCCGAUUUACGAAUCUCAGAAUGUAGUUGAGGGCUCUUUCAUUCAGGGGCGAAAAACAAAGCAAUUUUCGGCAAAGAUUCUGGACAAAUAUUCAAGUGAUAGAUAUAACUUUUAUGUCAUGACUAAUGUUGUGUCAGUCGGAGAUGAUGGUUAUGUCGAAACUGAAAUAUCUGAGAUCUCAAGAAGAAAACGACAGACACCCACAAGUUAUUCUAGGCAGUUUAAACAAUUGUCAUUGAAUAAGAAAGCUACAUUUAAGGCAGUCAAUCAAGAUGGACACAGUGGGUACUUCAAUAUAAAGGUUAAAUACGACGAUGCUCGUGUGACUCUCUCUCAGACCAUGACAUCUGAGAGACCGAUUACAUCAACUCUUGGUGUUAACCUUGAGGGACAAUUUAUAUAUAAUCUAGACAACAGAAUUACUUGGAACCAUAAAGAUUCAUCCCUGCAUCAAAUGUCCCUGGAUCGGAAGUGCAAUCGUGUGAAAAGGGAUGUGUCUCUGAAAAUCGGGAACAAAUUAUCUGUGCCAGCGAAACUUACACUGGACUCAACUUUGAAGUAUUCAGCUGAGUCAAAGAAUUCUGGCGAUAGAUUACUGUCAGCAGCUGCAACUAAUGGUGUUGGAGUUGAAGUUGGAUUCCACAAAGCAAUGGGAAAAUCUCAUUUCUCAAACAUGAUUCUUGAUAUUAACCCACCUGAGCUUGACGAAACCUAUAUGUAUGGUAAUGAAACAGGUAGGAUUACUGUGAAAUCACGGUUGGACAACAUUCUGACGUUUACGUAUCCCUCCGGCAAAAAGAAAUCAGAACAACAGUGUCCAGGGGAUAUUGUUGGGAACGAACUGUGUGAAGCUGGUGCUGACCAUGUUACGGAUUUCAAAGUAACGUUUAACUUGCCUAUUCGAUUGGACAGAACCAUAGAUUCUUGUUCGGAUUCAUGCAAUCAGUGUGGAGGAGAGAGUCAAGGACUCGUUAAAACUACAGCUGGAAUUAUCGAAAUCAACGGAAAUGUAAAAGCUCCGAGUUUUAGCGACAUUAAUGAACCAUUUAGAGAAAAGGGAAAUGUGACCAAUAUAAGGCAAUGCUUUAAAACAAUGUCAACUUGUCUUGUUGACCAAAGCCAAUGUUGUAAAUGUCAGGAGGGUGAGGGCGUUCUUAUGAAUGGGGAGUGCAUCUGCAACUCAUGUCCUGAUGGAACUUUAAAUGGAAGCAAUAAACCAGGGUGUAGCUGUGUGUGUAAUGACGGAUCUACUUCCACACUUCUUCAAGAUGGGACAUGUAAUUGUAACUGUAUAUGUGCUGAUGGAACUAUAUCUAACCUGGACCAGAAUGGAGAAUGUUCAUGUGGCUGCACUUGUAAAAAUUGCCAGCACUCUGUAAGAGACGCGAAUGGAUGCCAUUGCCCUGAUGAUAUCUGCCCUAUGAUAUGCGAUGUUAAUGAAGAGGUUGUGUGGCGUAACUGUGAAUGUACCUGUGUGGCUAAACAUCCAUGUGGCAUUCCGCCCGGUUGUGUCCCCGGUAGGAGAGGAGACAACUGCGACCAACCAGAAUGUGGAACAUGUCAAGGUUGCUCGGGAAAUGGUUUUUGUACUGCCUCUCAAGACAGUUGUUCAUCAAGUUGUCAAUGUGGAGCCCAAUGGAGGGGUCCAUGCUGUGAAUUUAGGAUACCAUCUGCAGAAGGAGGAGAUCCCCAUCUUCAAACUUUAGAUGGUGUGAGAUAUGACUUCCAUGGUAUAGGUGAAUUCUGGGACUGCAAGAGUGAGGCCAAUGAUUUUGGAAUACAGACGCGCAUGUUUGGAUAUCGCAAUGCAUCUCUCAUUGGUGGAGCCGCUAUUAAAGCGGGAGAGAAUAUUGUAACAGUAAUGACAGAUCAACCAGCAGAUAAAAACUCAUUGCCAAUUGUAAGGUUAAAUGGUGAAAUAGUUGAUACUACAAAUGACAAAGUUGAUUUCAAGAGGAAUAGUGGUGUACAUAUGGUGAUAUCAAAAAGCAAUGGCGAAGACGGUGUCAUGUUGGUUACAGUUCAAUACAAUACAGGGGUAAUGGUCACUGCAUAUGUUCGAUAUAGUGCUAAAAUGAAGCGACAGUAUUUGAAUAUGGUUCUGCAACUAACAUCUGCAUUCACUGGAAAGACUUCCGGUCUGUGUGGACUCAUGGAUGACGAUCCAGUCAAUGACUUCACCGGGCGAAAUGGGGUCAUGUACAACACAUCCUCUAUUAUACAAUUUGCUGAAUCAUGGCGAGUUGAUGGGCCAAAACAGAGCAAUUCUGGACUACAAGGGUCUUGGUCAUGGACUUCUUCAAAUUUUCACCACCUUGACAUCCUUGGCCCUAGCUAUACUGAUACAUCGUUGUAUUCACCAGUGUAUGAUAUACGAGAAUUUUCCGAUCACCAAAUGAAUGCAAGUCGAGAUAUUUGUUCUUCAAGAAACAUCGGAGAUAAAAAACUUUUAGAGGAAUGUAUGUUUGAUGUCCUUGUAACUGAAGAUUCCACUUUUGCAACUCAAGAGUAUCUAAAAUCAGACUGCCCGAGUCAAUGUAGUGGACGGGGAGAGUGCAUAAACUCAACAUGCCAGUGUACAUCGGGAUGGGAGGGUGAUGCAUGUGAAAUUGGUAUGUGCCCAUAUGAUUGCAUCCAUGGCAAUUGCACUCUUGGUUUUUGCUCUUGUAUUUCCGGAUGGGAUGGAGAAACUUGUGGUGAAGAAGCAAAUUGUGAUGGUGUGGACAACUGUACAGACGAGAAUCGUGGCCAGUGUGUAAAACACAAUGUUUGUCAAUGUCGGUUGGGAUUAACAGGUGACAAUUGUAACGAGACAGCCGUAUGCUUCAACAUGAAUAACUGCUCGGACAAUGGCAUUUGUGUUGACCAUGAUGUCUGUAUGUGUGACGAAGGGUGGACAGGAGAUAUGUGUGACAGACCUUCUUGUGAAGCAUUUGACUAUUGUAAUGAACACGAACAACAUGGCACCUGCCAAGGGUAUGACAUCUGUUCAUGCAACGAUGUUUGGGGAGGUACUUCAUGUUCACAGCCAGAUUGCUCACAAGUUGCAGACUGUUCCGGACAUGGCGUAUGCCUUUCACCAAAUAUUUGCCGUUGCGAUCCAGGGUUUUAUGGUGAAUCCUGUGAAAAUACAAUAAAUUGCCCAGAACUGGACAACUGCUCAGGGCAUGGGCUUUGUGUGGAUGAGGGAAGUCGAAAGACUUGUGUUUGUGAUACUGGUUUCACUGGCUCACAAUGUGAAGAAGUGGACUGUACUGAUCUGAACAACUGCUCCAACCACGGGUUGUGUAAUGAACCAAACAUCUGCACUUGCGAGGAAGAUUAUAUGGGCAAAGACUGCUCUAGUUUCUCCUGCAAAUGGCUUCUAUAUUGCUCAGGAAAUGGGAACUGCACUGACAUGAAUAAUUGCACGUGUAAUGAUGGAUGGUCGGGUUCAGUAUGUGAUAUCGCCGAUUGCUCCUUAAGAAAUAACUGCUCGAAUAACGGAUUUUGUGAAUUUCCGAACCUGUGUACAUGCUCUGGAAAUUUUGAUGGAGUCAGUUGUGAAAUGGAUAUCGGACAAAAUAUUAAUCCCCCAGUAUUUGAUGCCACAUAUUAUACUGGAGUUGUUCCUGAGGAAUCCCCUAUUGGAACAAGCAUUUAUUUUGAGAGCAAACUAAAUGCAUCUGAUGGUGACAUUGGAAGAAAUGCAAAGUUGAAAUACAGAUUUUAUGAGCCUAAUAGACUGUUCUCAAUUGAUAGAGACUCGGGUGAUAUUAAAACAGCUGUUGUGAUUGACAGAGAGUCUCUGGAGAAUGAUACAAUUGACUUUGAGGUUAUUGUUGAGGAUGGCGCAUCGCCACCAAUGUCUUCCAAGGCAACCGUUAUCAUUCAAAUAAUGGAUAUUAAUGAUAAUUCUCCAACAUUUGAUAACCCACCAAACAGACCAAUCCACGUGAAACUGUUUAACUCAUCCCAAAUAGAAUACGUAACUACAAUACAUGCAACGGAUCCCGAUAGUGGUGAAAAUGGUAGAGUGGGUUACUAUAUCAGUGCAAAUACCGAUCAAGAGGCUAGAAAUCUGUUCACAAUACAUCCUUCAACGGGAAUCAUCCAAGUUGAUCCCUCCGCCGGGAAACUAAGUUGGAAAGUGUACAAUGUAUGGGUUGUUGCAACUGACAAUGGAUCAAGUAUCACACAGCGUAGAAAUCACCUGGUAGAAAUUUCUUUAAAUGGGGAUUUCUCUAUUGUCUACACAAAAGCACCCUUCAUGUCAGAUAUCAAUGAAUGCCUGAAUGGACAGAGUUGUGAUGCUUGUGCCCGGGACAUCGUCUUCGCUCUCGACACUUCCUGUAGUAUCAGAAUGGACGAUAAAUCAAAGGUAAAGGAUUUUGUUGGAGAGUUCGGUGAACUCUUCAAAAUCGGCCAAAAUGCUGACGAGACCCAAAUAGCGGUGGUGACCUACAACGAUGGGGCCGAAACUCAAUUCUUUCUCAACGAUUCGAAGACGCGUGCUGAAUACCAGGUUAAUGCCGCUAAAAUUAACUUAGACCCGAUUGGAUGUUUGACGAAGACAUAUGGAGCCUUGUGGAAGAUACGCACAGUUCAUUUCACGGAAACACACGGAGACCGAUCGGAAGUGCCUAAUACCGUUGUAUUGAUCGGUGACGGGGUAACAGCACCUAAUGAUAACUCAUGGCGCACGAUCAAACAGGCCAAAUUGUUGAAGUCUGAAAGAGCAGAAGUGUUCAUGAUUCAAAUUAAACUGAGGGAGAAGUAUAAGAACCGAAAAAAGGUAAAGAUUGCCGCGAAGGAAAGAAAGGAAAUACCGAGUGAACCGAUUGAAGAGCACGCUUUUAAAAUGGACUUGGGCGAUCCUGUUGCUGUUGAAAAUUUGCUUUCUUUUGCUCGAAAGCAGGGUAGCAUUAGCAGAGCUGGAAUGUCUAUCCAGGAGCUAGACUUUGACCUGCAUGCCUACAGCCCUCCUUUGUCCCUUUGGGCCCUGGUGAAGCAGCAUGUGCCCCCAUACGAGCAGGAGGAGGUGAAGAGUAUGCUGGGGGAGUCACUGGUAGAGCAGAGUCUAGAGCUACAUGAAGAGGUUGACACAUUGCUUGAUAUCUGGAGAGACUUCAGGGAUGAGACAACUCAGGAAGAUAGCUCAUCAUUCCUACCUGAACCUCCUGAAAUGAGAGAUAGACUCACCCAGCAGAUACGAUUCUUUGUGGAGAACAUAAGAGAAAAGGCUAAAGGACAGGGGAGAGACCCUGAAACUGCUUUAUCAAAACAUAACCAAGAUGUGAUAGAAUAUGCUAUAGAGUCAAGUAGGCCAAGUAGUGGCAGCAAUAGCACAAGGCCAGGGACAGCAUGUAGUAUAUUAAAUGGUCGAAUGACCCCUAUGAGAUCAAGUCCACCUAGCGAUAAAGUAUCAGCAAAUUCAACACUAAGUGAAGAAAUUGAUGAUAUGAGUGAAAAACUGAAUAUGCUUGAAUUUGAUGAAGUCACGCAGCAUUUGAGAGAGACACUAGAGGAGGAAAUCUCACAACUCUUAAAGGAUAUCACUUUUCUCCAGAAUUGUCUAGAUGACGAGUCACAAUUUAGGCUUGACAAGACAAUCACUAGGGAACCAACUCUCUCAGAGUUGAAAGAAGAGCGUUCAAAGCUGGAGAAGAAUAUGUUUGCUGAUCAUGCUCCUCUACCAAGCAGUCCUAUCAGGAAUAAACAGCCAAUCCUAACAAGGCAGUUACCAGGUGUAAAACCUAGGAGCCCUACAAUGAGGCCCUCUCCACCAUCCUCUGCAGGUCGCAGCCCUUUGAGGGCCUCACACAGUAUACAUAUAGACCCUAAUGAUCUCUUGUCCAAACAGAACAAUAACCAUGGUGCCAAGUUAAAACGCCAAUUCUCAGGCGGAGACAAUGCUAAAAUAGACCAAAGACAACAAAGAUCUCAAAUAAACAAUAAUCCAAAACUAGUCAAAGUAGGCACAAUUAAUGCUCCAAUAGACAGAUCGAAUAUGCCAAUGUCUGUCAGUUAUGUGACAUCACCAGAACAUUCCAAUCACACUCCAUCUCCACCAUCCAGUGCCAAACCUGAUAGAACCAGACCAGGGUCAGCAAAUAAGUUUAGAAAGAUGGUUGUUGGACAUAGGGAGCCACCAUGAACACAGUGUAGGAAAUAAGGAAGUCAUUGAAGUAUUUAAACUGAUAUUAUUAAAGGUUUCUCAUGCAAGGUUAGACAUAGAUAUUGUCCUUACAGACAUGACAUUUUGUCAUCUUACAGAUCAUAUUUCUGCUCACAAUAUAUGUAGAAGGUACACACAAAAAUGUGACCUACUAUUUUUGGCUGGCACAGCGAGCGUAUGGGAUAAGCAUCUAUCAGUGUCAGUCCCUCUCUCUGUCCAUCUGCUUUCUGUCCAUCAAAAGUGUAACCUCCUGAAUAAAUUCAUUUGAAGUUUAUAUACCGCAUGACAUAAUGUUGCAUAACUUUUUUGUCUGCGUAAAUAUUGACUCUUCAGUACAUUAAAACUAUAUUCCAUGGAGCAACUCAACAAGAAGUUUCAAAUGACAAGCUCAACUAGAUGCACCUUUAUGAGAGUUACAAGAUGUGUCAUCCAUUCCUUUGCAGGCACACCUGGAUUCUACACCAAAAAUGCAACUUACUUUUU